GCUCGCCGCCGCUGUGGUAAUGUCCGCCAUGUUGGCCAUGGCGCAGGGAGCGGAUCGGGCGGGCGAGCGGCGGAUCUAGUGUGUGGAAGCGGCCGCGGGCGGCGGGGGUCUGUUUUCGGGCGGGGUGGGCGCCCAUGCUGUGGCCGGGGGCAGUGAGGAGGAGGAGGAGGAGCGGGCCGGCCGCGCUGCACUGAGGAAGGAGGUGGAGGAGGCGGCGGGAGUCCUCCCCCCCUCCCCGCCCGCCCCGCCGCCGCCGCCCGGGCUGUUCCUGUAAGGCGGGGAGACAAUGAGUAAACUCUCCUUCCGAGCGCGGGCGCUGGACGCCGCCAAACCGCUGCCUAUCUACCGCGGCAAGGACAUGCCUGAUCUCAACGACUGCGUCUCCAUCAACCGGGCCGUGCCCCAGAUGCCCACCGGGAUGGAGAAGGAGGAGGAAUCGGAACAUCAUUUACAGCGAGCUAUUUCAGCACAGCAAGUAUUUAGAGAAAAAAAAGAGAGCAUGGUCAUUCCAGUUCCUGAGGCAGAGAGCAACGUCAACUAUUACAAUCGCUUGUACAAAGGAGAGUUUAAACAGCCAAAACAGUUCAUUCAUAUUCAGCGUAAGUUUGUUGAUUCAUUGUUUUCUGUUUGUAAUUUAAGUUUAUCUACCAGUGAAUAUCCUUUCUUUUCUAUGCCCAAAGAGAUUUUAAUUUUUCAGUUCAUGCACACUGAUUAAUAGAAAUGUAAAACC